AGCAAAGUUGAGAGCUGAGAACCCCAAAAGUUCACUGAAAAAGGUCCCAUUUCCUUUCUGUUUGCUUUUGCGCAACAGAAAGUGAGUGAGUGUUGAGGCUUUCGCAGAUGUGGCAGGCAGGCUCAAGAUUCACUCACUUGACGGACGCAGUGGACGCCCGCACGCCCGCACGCGCAACAGCAGCAAGCACGAUCCAAAACAGAAGAAAAGAAGGGAAGCGGGAAGCCGCUGGGUGGGCAAUAACCAGGCAGAAAAGCCCGACCUCUGCCGUUGGCUGGGUCAUCGUCAUCGUCGUCGUCCCCUUCUUCCUCCCCUCCCUCCGCCGCACCAGUCCCUCCACCGUUCCCACCAUCCAUCCCCUAUUGGCUAUUCCCCUCCCCUGCCCUCCCCGGUCAAACAACCCGGAGGAAAAGUCGCGCCCCUUCACCACCACUUCCUUCCAGUCCAAUAAUUAUUCCUUGCGUUGCGAGAUAAGAGGGCGGCGGUUCUGGGUGCGCUUGCCCGGGGACUGCAAUUCCAGCGCCGGCGGUUGCCUCGCUGGUCCUCCAACUCCAUUUCCAUUCAAAGACGACUUGUUGCGCUCUUGACUGACCCGGCCGAGGAGUCGUGGGCUGGCCCUGCGUGGGAACCGAGCCAGCAGCGCCGACGUCUCUUCUGGGUUGGUGGUGACCGCCGCCGCUGGACUGGAGAGUUGGGUUGGGGAAAGUUGCUACUAGUGGUUUCCUCGCUGGUGAUGGAGUAGGCGGACCGCGGCGCGGCAGAGCAGGUGUUCGACGAAUUGCUCCGCAGGCCAUGGCGGCAGGCGACUGGGAGGACCUGGUGCGCCGCAUGUUCCCGCCGGGGACCACCAUCCCGGAGCCGCCCGCCAACCUCGACUACUCCAUCGCGCUCGAGUACGACGGCCCGCCGGUGUCCUACGAGCUCCCAAGGAUCGACCCCGUCAACGUCCCCGCCAUACCCACCGCCGAGCCCGUCUCCGGGCCCCUCGGGCUCGCCAACGGCGCCGUGCCGGUGGCGCCGGUCGUCGGGCCUGCACGGCGCGGCGCCGACCCGCCGCCGCCCCGGGUCGCUCAGCGUGCGGCGCAGCAGUCGUCGCCGGCUCGCGAUGAGGAGUACUCCGACGAUUCCGACUCCCGCUCGGCUAGGAGCUUGCAGAGCCAAAGGGCUCCUGCGAGGCCUGCUGCGCCGGAGGGGAGGCGGGCUCAGGUGGUCACCUUCGGGGUGCCCGACGACAGCAAGUACGACAAGAGCAAGGACUUGGACGAGGUGUCGUCCGAGCAGUACGUCGCGGUGACGAUGGCGGAGCGGAAGGGGAGGACCUGCCACCGGUGCGGGAAGAGCAAGUGGGAGAGCAAGGAGUCCUGCAUCGUCUGCGACGCCAGGUACUGCAGCCACUGCCUGCUCAGGGCCAUGGGCUCCAUGCCGGAAGGGCGCAAGUGCAUCACCUGCAUCGGCCAGCCGAUCGAUGAGUCCAAGCGGUCCAAGCUGGGGAAGGGAUCCAGGAUACUGUCCCGGCUGCUCAGCCCCUUGGAGGUGAAGCAGAUACUCAAGGUCGAGAAGGAGUGCCAGGCGAACCAGCUCCGGCCUGAGCAGCUCAUAGUGAACGGUUUCCCUCUUCACGACGAAGAGAUGGCAAACCUGCUUAGUUGCCAACGGCCUCCUCGAAAUCUCAAGCCUGGAAGAUAUUGGUAUGACAAGGAGUCAGGAUUGUGGGGGAAGGAAGGUGAAAAGCCAGACAGGAUGAUUAGCACUAGCCUCAACUUCAAUGGAAAGCUUCAGCCUGAUGCAAGUAAUGGCACCGCUCAGGUCUUUAUUAAUGGAAGGGAAAUCACAAAGAUUGAACUGAGAAUUCUAAAGAUUGCAAAAGUUCAGUGCCCCCGUGAUACUCACUUUUGGGUUUAUCACGAUGGCGGCUAUGAGGAAGAAGGGCAAAACAAUAUCAAAGGGAAAAUAUGGGAAUCACGUUUGACACGUUUGGUGUGCGCUUUGGUUUCACUACCCGUGCCUCCUGUAAACGCUGAUGAGCCCAAAGAUGAUAGUCAUUAUUCAUCAAGAAGUGUUCCUAAUUACUUAGACCACAAAAGAGUUCAAAAGCUUCUUAUUCUCGGAUCACCAGGAGCUGGAACAAGCACCAUAUUUAAACAGGCUAAGUUACUAUACGGCUCUAGAUUUACUCAUGAAGAACUUGAGAGUAUCAAACUAAUGAUCCAAAGCAACAUGUUCAAGUACCUGGGGAUUCUCCUCGAGGGCCGUGAGCGCUUUGAGGAAGAGGCUUUGGCUGCAUCAGAUCACACAAGCUCAGUGGAUGAAGAUUCUCAUCAAGAUGAAAAUAGGCCUACUAGUUCAAAUUCUUGCAUUUACUCAAUCAAUGCAAAGCUGAAGAAGUUCUCUGAUUGGCUUCUGGAUAUCAUUGCAAUGGGAGACCUAGAUGCAUUCUUCCCUGCAGCUACACGUGAAUACGCUCCAGUUGUUGAUGAGCUGUGGAAAGAUCCUGCCAUACAAGCAACAUAUAAAAGAAAGGAUGAAUUGCAUUUUCUCCCUGAUGCUGCUGAGUAUUUCCUGAGCAGGGCUAUUGAAGUAUCAAGUAAUGAAUAUGAGCCUUCAGAAAAAGAUGUAGUAUAUGCUGAAGGAGUAACACAAGGGAAUGGAUUGUCCUUCAUUGAUUUCACCCUGGAUGACCGCAGCCCUAUGUCAGAAUCCUUUGGCGACAAUCAUGAGGCAUACUCGCAACCAGUAAACAAAUACCAGCUGAUUAGAGUAAGCGCCAAGGGCAUGAAUGAGGGCUGCAAGUGGGUCGAAAUGUUUGAGGAUGUCCGCAUGGUGAUCUUCUCCGUAGCGCUCAGCGACUAUGAUCAGCUUGCAGCCCCUGGUAGUGUUGGCAGUAGGUCCCUGGUGAAUAAGAUGAUUCAAAGCAGGGAUUUGUUUGAAGCAACAAUCAGGCAACCGUGCUUCCGCGACACACCUUUCGUCCUGGUGCUGAACAAGUACGACCUGUUUGAGGAGAAGAUCGGGCGCUCGCCGUUGUCAGCAUGCGAAUGGUUCGGCGACUUCUGCCCGCUCCGGACGCACCACAACAACCAGUCGCUGGCGCAGCAGGCAUUCUACUACGUGGCCAUGAAAUUCAAGGACCUGUACGCAGCGAGCACCGGCCGGAAGCUCUUCGUGUGGCAGGCGCGCGCCCGCGACCGGCCCACCGUCGACGAGGCCUUCCGGUACAUCCGGGAGGUGCUGCGGUGGGAGGACGAGCGCGACGGCGCCGGGUACUGCCCGGAGGAGUCGUUCUUCAGCACCACGGAGCUCAGCUCGUCCCGGCUCAUCGCUGCGGCGGAGUGACAGACAUAGCUGUGGUUAAUUUGCAGGAAAAAUUUCACUAGUAAUUGUAUAGUGUUUGUGUAGUUGAUGAUUUAACUUGCGGCUUGUGAAAUUGGUGCUCUGUUGCAGUGCCAUUUUGUACUGGUAAUUUUCUUAUUCUGAACAAAUCAAAUAUAGUGGAGGAGAAAUCUUGUGGUGAUGACCUUCGGAAA